AAAACGAGAUCUCCUUUGAAAACGAAUAAAAAUGAACAUGUCAAUCAGACUGCGUGUAGUUACAUUUCUGUGUUUCUUUGAUAUAAUGCUCUGCAUAGAGUUUGAAACUUUCCUUCAGAAAUUUCUUUAUUUCAGUCUCAACACAGACCUUUCUGAUCUUUUAUUGAAUUGUCUUGCUCUUUCUGUAUUAAACCCGUUCGAUCCUUCGGAGAGGCUGUUUCGUUGAUUCCCCCCUCUUUCCCCUUUCUUUCCUCCUCACUCACUUUUAUAAGCUGUCCCGCUUGGCUUGUUGUCGCUUCCUUGACUUUUUCAGCGGCUUCAUGGCGGCGGCGGCCCCGAGCCCGCCCCCCGGCCGUGACGUCACCCGCAAGCCCCUUAUCCGCCCCGCAGGGGCCCCGCUCGCGGAGAGUGGCGGCCGGCCCGUCCAAUCAGCGUCCUCUCCUGCGUCACACGGCCGGGGAGCGGGGCGGGCGGCUGGCGAGACGCGAGGGAGCAGGACGCGGCAAAUGUCGGGUUUCUGGGAUCCGGGGUGUGUUUAUUUCGGGUUUUCGACACCGCCCGGAGGAGACGGGCCAGCACCGGGUCGUCGCGACCGAGGAAGAGCCCCCGAGCCGCCCCGCCAGGAGCGCAGGAGGCCGGACCCAGCGACGGGCGCUGAGGUUUGUAGUUGCGUCGAAUUCCUAAGAAGACGGGAGGAAGCAGUAGAGGAAGAAAGGAGGCACAGGGGUUGAAGCGAAGAGCACAGAGCACAGAGCACUCCUCCUCCUCCUCCUCCUCUGCGGCUGCACACCGACGGAAACUGACCCCCCCGCCCGCGCCGCCAUGUCCGACCAGCAGGGGGAGCCGGAGCCCCCCUCGCUGUACAUCCAGCACCAGUACAUGUGCAGCGAGUGCGCCCAGCUCUUCAACACGCUGGAGGAGGUGCUGCUGCACCAGCAGAGCCACACGGGGCCGGACGGAGAGGGAGCCGAGGAAGGGGGGCCCGACGGAGCCCGGGGGGCCGCCUCCGACCCCCAGCUGUCCCUCGCUGGGCUGGGGGGGCUCCCCGAGAGCCAGUACCAGUGCCUGGAGUGCGGGGCGGUGCUGAGCACCCCAGAGGAGCUGCUCCUGCACCAGGAGCUGCACCUCCGGGAGGGAGGGGUGGAGACGGAGCAGGGUGAGGGAGGCUGAGGACGGGGUCUCAGGGCGGUGUGUGAGGGCGGGGUCUCAGGGCGGUGUGUGAGGACGGGAGGGAGGGGUGGAGACGGAGCAGGGUGAGAGAGGCUGAGGGCGGGGUCUCAGGGCGGUGUGUGAGGGCGGGGUCUCAGGGCGGUGUGUGA